CCAAGACCAUGGAAAUUGGGGUCCGACCGAAUCCUACCGUAGUACUCUUGUUUCUUGCCACCGUCAUCACAGCAACUUUUCCGUUAUAAUUCUUGUUUUUGAUUGGCAACAUACUAGUAAUUCGUUGACAAUGCGGCCUCGAAGCUCGGUUGCACAAGCGCUUGUCGAUAACGGCAAGAAGCCCCGCCAACCGCCCAAAAAGCGUGCGCGCAAGUCUGACGUCGACGGAAAUCAGAAGAAACUCGAAGCCGUCACAUCCGGUGCAAAGAGAGCUAAAUGGCAGCCCAGGCCGGGAAAACUUGCCGCCUUGAUGAAUUUACCUAUGGACGUCUUAUUCGAGGUUUUUGGACACUUGAAUCCUUUGGAUAUACUUCGCCUAGCUCGUACGACAAAACAAUUUAGACGCGUGCUCAUGCAUCGUUCUUCAAUGUCCGUAUGGAAGAAUGCUAGAGACAACGUGCCCAAUAUGCCAGAUUGCCCCCCUUUCUGGACGGAACCCCACUAUGCGAACCUCGCUUUUGAUCCUCAUUGUCAUGAAUGCAGCGCCCCCGGUGUUCGCAACGUCGACUGGCGUAUCGGUAGGCGCAUCUGCGCAAAGUGCUCUAAGACUUGCAUGGUAGAUGCCUACCCCGGGGAGUCUAUAAUCAGCAGUCUUGUCCCGAGUAAAUAUGGCAAACGAGGCCGCCUUCUAUUCUAUCGCAAGGAAGUCGAAGAAGUCCAGAAUAUAUUGCAUGUACUCACAGAUCCAGUUGAGCUUGAAGCCUAUCGCGAAGAGCGGAGGGCAUUCGUCAAGGAGAUGGAGACAAAAGCAAAAGAAUUAGACGCAUGGGCGGCGUCUCAAGCUAAAGACCGAUCGGACCAGCUGGAGGAUGCUAGGCGGGACAGGAAAACCGCGAUCAUUGAAAGGCUUACUGAAAUUGGUUGGGGUGAUGAAAUCGAACAUAUUCCAUACACGGACGACUUGAGCCAUCACAAGUUGGUCAAGCAACCCACCCGCCUGACAGAUCGCAUCUGGAAUAACAUCAAGAACGAUAUGAUCAAGUACAUGGAGGAUAUGAGAGCACGGCGUCUUGAGCGCGAGCGUAAAGCCCUGCUUAUCGCCCGAAGGCGCAUUGCCAUCGGCGUUCUGCGUAACUAUAAGAUCGCUCGCCUCCCUUUCACCGAUGUUAUGCCAGAGCCAGUGGACUUCUGCUCAUUUCCCGAAGUCAUCGAAAUUGUUAAUUUGCCCACGGAGACAGAAGUUACGGAAGCAUCCUUUGCGGAAGUUGCUUCCCGGAUGGAUGACUUAGCACAGACCUGGCGCGCACGCAUCCAUUCCCAGCUCAGAGCUAGAGUCAAAGAUAAUAUGCUCUUAGGCGCAAAGCGGCGUGGAUGGACGGAGCGAGUGACGCCGGAUCCACACUACGAAGAGUAUGUGGAGAGCCUCGGUGUCAUCACAGACGUCAAAGGCAAGAAAAAGGAGGUAUCCCCCCCAGUGCCUGAUGACGACGAUAUCGAUCGGAGCAUCCCGCUAGCAACAACUGUAUUUCGCUGCAAAACAUGCACUCCAUCCAUUGGACUCCCCGAUUUGUCAGAUAGUGAUUAUGACGAUUUCCUUGGUAGCCUCGGCGGUCGUCGGUCCAAAUCCAUCCCCCUCUUCUACCCCAAAGUCAUCGGACAUUGUUGUCUAACCAGAUCGAGAACACUGCCUUGGGACUAUUUCGCCACGGACGACCCCAAUUUCCGGAUUGAUUUUCCAAUGAGCACCCGCACAAAGUGGAGCUCCCACCUUCUGCAGGUGGAUGACGAGGCAAGCAAGGGUGCUCGUACUGUUGUGGAUGCAUGUGGUGAAGACCCGCUCAUCGCCACUGCGACCAAAAUGGACGAGUUAGAUCCCCGCUUGGCGUGCUUAGACUGCGUGAAGUGGUCCCAGGACGAGGUGAAUCAAGCCGAAGCGCCUGUCUUCACUUGGCGUUCAGCAGUCCAGCACAGAAUGCGGGAGCAUCGAUAUGAACGCCGGCCAGCCAAAUGGAUGAGACUCGAAGGGGAAUUACUCGAGGAGUCCAACCGAAAUGCUUGCGAGAUGCACGAAUACAUACACAACAUGUUCGAUUUCCCGGAUAUCACUCAGCCUGCAAGCACCAUCUGGUUGUGCACCCACUGUAUGGAUUUGCCACAGGAGAGAGAAUGCCAUGAACUUGGCAAAAUAAAGAAUCAUCUUCUUACAAGUCAUAGUAUUGAAGCGCCUGUGGAAGAUCGAGAUUAUUACAAGGAUUAUGAAGCGCCCCAGGGUCGCAAAUCAGACUUCAAACUGUCUGAUUCCACAGUCAAUUUGCAAAUGGAGAGGCCGUCUCAUGUUCCCCUACCCGGGCACGGUUUCUUUGGCAUUGGUGACGAUGAAGAUGAUGAGGAUGACGAGGAAGAUGACUUUUUUUUUGGUAACUCUUUCUUCCCUUUCUUUUAAUUGGAACAAUAACAUUCGCCCAUAAUUGCAAAUACUUAGCUCGAGUCUUAAUGCUACUGGACACAUUUCUUGAUGAUAACGAAUUUUAAU